GUGCGCGGCGAGUGCUCCUUCUGGAAUUGGCAUCCACUAAUUUUUGUGCCAGCUGCCCGGACUACCAGCUCACCGAUUACCCUCCAUCACCAUCACCAUCAUCAUCACCACCCAUCACCACCGUCCUGUUCUCUGUGUUCAGUUCAGACGAUCGCUUCCUGCCUGAUUGUUUAUCCUGCUUUCCUUGCCCAUCCUAUUGAAGCCCCCUGCUCUGCUUGCCACUGUGACGAUCGUAGGAAGAGACGGGGUUGUUGACCACAAAUAACUCCACGAUGCCUUCUCUCGCUCCUGCCAAUGGCGGCCAGAACGUCAACGAUAAUAUCACCCGCUUCAACCCCCCUUCCCGCCUGCUGAGCCCGCUGGAGCAACAUACUCUUUUCCACAACAAGACACGAUGCUUCGUCUACGGCAUGCAACCCCGCGCCGUGCAGGGCAUGCUCGACUUCGACUUCAUCUGCAAGCGUACCACCCCAUCCGUGGCCGGCAUCAUCUACACCUUCGGCGGUCAAUUCGUCAGCAAAAUGUACUGGGGAACCAGCGAGACCCUGCUUCCCGUCUACCAAGACGUUGGAAAGGCUUUCGCCAAACAUGCCGACGUCGACACCGUCGUCAACUUUGCCUCCUCCCGAUCUGUCUACAGCUCCACCAUGGAGUUGAUGGAAUACCCCCAGAUUCGCACCAUCGCCAUCAUUGCCGAAGGUGUCCCUGAGCGAAGGGCACGUGAGAUCUUGGUCGUCGCCAAGGAGAAGGGCAUCACCAUCAUUGGACCGGCCACCGUCGGUGGUAUCAAGCCUGGUGCUUUCAAGAUCGGUAACACCGGUGGUAUGAUGGACAACAUCGUUGCCUCCAAGCUCUACCGCAAGGGCUCCGUUGGCUACGUCUCCAAGUCCGGUGGUAUGUCCAACGAAUUGAACAACAUCAUCUCGCAGGUGACCGACGGCGUGCACGAGGGUGUCGCCAUUGGUGGAGACCGUUACCCCGGAACCACUUUCAUCGACCAUCUUCUCCGUUACCAAGCAGACCCCGAAUGCAAAAUUCUGCUGCUCCUCGGUGAAGUCGGUGGUGUCGAAGAGUACCGUGUGAUUGACGCCGUCAAGAAGGGCAUCAUCACCAAGCCUAUCGUCGCCUGGGCUAUUGGUACCUGCGCCAGCCUGUUCAAGACGGAGGUUCAAUUUGGUCACGCUGGUGCCUCUGCCAACUCCAAUCUCGAAACUGCCGUCGAGAAGAAUAAGCACAUGAAGGCUGCUGGCUUCUACGUCCCCGACACCUUUGAGGACCUUCCUCAGCUCCUCGGUGACUUGUACAAGAAGCUCGUCGCCAAUGGUACCGUCAAAGAAUCCAAGGAGCCUGUUCCCCCCAAGAUUCCCAUGGACUACUCUUGGGCCCAAGAGUUGGGUCUCAUCCGUAAGCCCGCCGCUUUCAUUUCCACCAUCUCCGACGAUCGUGGCCAAGAGCUUUUGUACGCUGGUAUGCCCAUUUCCGACGUCUUCCGGGAAGACAUUGGUAUUGGUGGUGUCAUGUCUCUGCUCUGGUUCCGCCGCCGCCUGCCACCCUAUGCUAGCAAGUUCCUUGAAAUGGUUCUCAUGUUGACUGCCGACCACGGUCCCGCCGUGUCUGGUGCCAUGAACACUAUUAUUACUACUCGUGCUGGCAAGGACCUGAUCAGCGCUUUGGUCUCUGGUCUGUUAACCAUCGGUUCUCGUUUCGGUGGUGCUCUUGACGGUGCUGCCGAGGAGUUCACCAAGGCCUUUGACCGAGGUCUUAGCCCGCGUGAAUUCGUCGACACCAUGCGCAAGGAGAACAAGCUGAUCCCUGGUAUUGGCCACAAGGUCAAGUCUCGUAACAACCCUGAUCUCCGUGUCGAGUUGGUCAAGGAGUACGUAACCAAGCACUUCCCUACCCACAAGUUGCUUGAUUACGCUAUUGCCGUUGAGACCGUCACCACCUCCAAGAAGGACAACCUGAUCCUGAACGUUGACGGCUGUGUUGCCGUUUGCUUCAUUGACUUGCUGCGCAACUCGGGUGCUUUCUCCGCCGAGGAGGCCGAGGACUACCUCAAGAUGGGUGUUCUGAACGGUCUUUUCGUGCUCGGACGUAGCAUUGGUUUGAUUGCUCAUUUCCUCGACCAGAAGAGACUGCGUACUGGUCUGUACCGCCAUCCUUGGGAUGAUAUCACCUACUUGCUCCCCAACGCCUCCAAGGGUGCCCCGGGUGCCGAGGGCCGUGUGGAGGUUAGCCUCUAAGCAUUUAUCUUGUGAGCAUAUAAUUUUUUUUCCGAUAUCCGUGCGGACGUCUUUGUCAGCAAUCAUGCCUUUUUUGUUUCUUAAAAUUUUGUGCUGUUGGUUAUCAACGCGGUUUUCUUUAUACGAUGUAGUCUGUAUGGCAUGACAAGACGGGAGAUGAGGUACGCAUGUGCUCGGCGUAGAAUAUUUAAUUAUGGGUAGAGAUGAUAAUAUGAUGAUUCUCCUUGCUACA